AGAAAUAUCCGGCAAAAAUCUGGCAACACAUUUUGAAACCGGAGCAGGAGCCGGAACCGGAUAUCAAAGCCGGAUAUCCAGCUGGAUCCGAUUCAGCCAGAUAUCCAGUCGGUUCCUAGUUGUGUCCUUCAGCUCCACAUAUAACCCAGGAGAUGGUGAGUCUGGAAGAAUGGCUGAGGCAAACAGUAACCAAAACAAAAAGCCAAACCGAAGAACCAAUGGCACAAGAAGUGGGAAACUGGGUCGAAAUCCGUUUGUUUAUAUCAUCCACAUUCGUGGACACCCAGGCAGAACGAGAUGUGUUAGUUAAACGGGUAAUACCGAGUAUUAACCGUAAAAUGGCUGAUAGGUUUAUCCGGAUAGUACCAGUGGAUCUAAGGUGGGGAGUCCUGGCGGAGGAGAGCAAAGAUUGCCACACAAUCCAGAAGACGUGUCUGAACCAGGUUGAUAAGUGCAGGUUAACUCCACAGCAGACCCCAUGGUUCCUGGGUCUGAGGACCUCGCGAUAUGGAUGGGUUCAGAAUGACAUGAUGCCUAGUCAUGGGUUUGAGAAUCCUGACCUCUUCAAAUGGAUUGAUGAGUUUGCUAGUUCCGGUAGAACUGGAGUGAGUAUAACGUCUUUAGAAUGCAUCCAUGCUGUCCAAAAUCCAUCCAAAAUGCUGUCCUCACCUACCGUGUUUUUCUACCAACGGAAUAUUGACGAAGGUCCCCUGGAGGAACAGUAUAUCGAGAAGAAUAUGAGGUGGGUGUUUGAUUUCGAGUACAAAGAGGCUGACGAGGAGAUACCUGAGGAUUCCAAAUACCAGUACAGUAAAACGGAAGAAGCUGGUAAAUUUGCUAAUGAUCUGAAAAAUCUUAACAAGUAUCUUCAAGACAUUCCCCAUGUGAAAUGGAACGAGUUUGAGGUUAGUUACGAACAUGGUGGUGCUAAGUUCACCUGCAAAAGAGAGGGUGCUAAAAGUUUUGGGGUGGGUUACACUUCAUCUUUAGAGGCAUUUGAGGACCAGGUUGAGAAGGAUUUGAUUGAAGCUAUUCAAGAGAACUUCAAGUCUGAUUCCUCUAGCAUCAAUGAUUUCCAGAUGGAGACGGUACAACAUGAAAAUGCGAUACAAUUAAAGGCCUCGACAUUUGUUGGAAGAACAGCAUUAGUGGAAGACUGCACUGUCCACUGUGAAACCUCAGUUGAUGAUAGAAAUGUUAUGAUCCUUCACGGAGAACCAGGUUGCGGUAAAUCGGGUCUGCUUGCUGCUGUUACCCAUGGAGUUACCAAGCCCAGUCGUGAAAGUGGCAACUUUGUUUUUAUCCACGUGGUAGAUUCCUGCCCUGGCUCUAAUGUUCUAGAACAGAUGCUGAGGAGGUUGCAGUGGGCCUUAAGAGACUUUCGGAGGGGCAACGGUGAAAUCAACAUUUCCUCGGAUCCCCCUCAAUCUGCGUCUGAUCUGAGAGCCGAGCACCAUAACUUCUUGACUGCCACCGCUGAGAAAUACUCUAACAAAAGGUUCCUGAUAGUUGUAGAUGCUGUCAAUCAGUUUCACGAAGGAAUGAAGGCGUGGGACAUGUGGUGGUUACCUCGCAAGGAGACAACGUCGAAUGUUAGGUGCAUGAUCUCCACUCUUAACAAGGAAAACGGAACCUUUGAUAAUGCACAAGAAGCGUAUCCCGAUGCUGUGCUGACCCCAGUUCUGCAAAUGUCUGACGAUGAUCUGGAAGGAAUGGUUUCUGCUACUUUGGCUAGAUUCAACAAAAAGUUGACAACCUAUGACGACUCUCUGCUAGGAAACCAAAUGGAGGUCUUGCUAUCAAAGAGCGCUUCUCCACUCUACUUGAUUGCCUGUUGUGAAGCGCUCCGGAAGUUUGGUAUCUUCGAGCGGGUGAGUCAGUAUAUAAAAGAUUUCCCAACCACAAUCACUGAGUUGUUCAGUUUUCUCCUUGAUGACUGGUCGGAAGAAUAUGGAAAGAUGUUCGUUGAGGAUGUAGCAGGAUUGAUUUGUUGUUCCAAGGAUGGUCUACUUGAGAAUGAAAUCAAUGACUUGCUUGCUUUCAAAGAAGAAAGGGACAGGGGGGACGAGGAAUAUCUUUAUGAUUCCUCCUUCAGUCGUAUCUAUGAUUCCUUAGCAAGCUUCCUCGCUGCAGGAGGGGGUGGAUACUUAAGGUUCUUCCACGACCAACUGAAAUACACAAUAAAAGACAAGUUCCUGAACGACGAUUUUGCUCUUGAAACCAACCAAUGGUUGUCUGAUUUCUUCUUCUCCUGUACUGAAUCACAACUCUGCGAGGAACCCGAGGAGGAUCCGGCUGCCUACUACGAACAUGUUUUACAACAGCUUGUGUACCACCAACUGAAAGCAACUCCCAAAUCUGACAAACUGACAGCUCUAGAUUCUACCCUAAGGAAUAUCUACUUUGUAAGAGAAAGGAUUCUUUACAGACAGAGCCAAGAUCUGAUGGACGAGUAUGAACUAGCUAUAAAGCGGUGCUUCAAGAACCAUGUUAACCUGGAGAUCUCCACAGCUCUGACUCAAUGGAAGAAGUUUGUACAAAUGUAUGCAGCUAAGAUUGAGGAGUUCCCCCAAUUUGCUCGGAACAUGGCGGUCACACAAGCCCCUACAUCGUGGGUUACUAAAGACACCAACAAGUUAGAUACCCCUCCCUCUAAAGUUGGUUACCCGCUCAUCUGGGAGAACAUACCCGCUGGUGAGGACUCCAUGGUCUGCAAAUACACCUCCGUGGGAAGGACGUGUGGGAUGGACGUUGCAGCAAGUACUCCCUCAGGUGAUAUAGUUGCCAUAGCAGCCGGGGAUGAAGCCUUGAUUCUCGACCAAAGUUCUGGGGAGAUCCAACAUCGUCUGAAGACAUCCUCCUACUCUAUAGCGCUGAGUCCAGACUUCGAGAGAGUUUACAACGGAGGUAGUGAGGGUAUCUCUGUAUGGGACGUUGGUACAGGAUCCAAGAUAGCUGAAACUGGUGAGGACUUUAAAAUGGAUGAUGUCGUGGUGUGGAUCCAACACAUUGGUUCCUUUAUUGCUACAGGAACUGGACAUGCAAGGAAAGCUAUCCGUUGGGACGUUCAUAACACUUCAGGUGGUAUAGCCCUGUUCCCAGUGGACCACAGUGAUAUUCUAGUACCUUCCGAGAAGUGGGAUGUAGGAGCCCCUUGUUACGACUACUGCUACCUGUCCUGUAGAGAAUGGAUCUUUGCUGCGAAUAAAGGGGAGGUGAGAGGGUUCGACCUGGGAGGGGAGGAGGUGGUAAAGUUAACUGGAGCAGGGAGGUGCUGUUAUGCUGUGGCAUCUCAUCCUACUGAACCUACUAUCUUGUCGGGAUCUAACGAUCUCGUGAUCAGAGAAUGGAAUGUGGACAGUCAAACUUUAGUCAGGACUAUCACCGAUACCACUAGCAGUGGUUGGGCAUUCGGUGGGAACUGGUCCGUGAGCUACGAUCCUACAGGAUGUUAUGUGCUGUCCACAGAGCCAGACAGUAAAAGUCUCAGAUUGUACACCUUUGAGGGAAACUUCGUUGAUGAGAUGAAGGGACACGCUGACUGUAUCAACAAGAUUAAAAUCGUUCCAGGUACCCAACAAGCGUUAACGUCAGACAGAGGAAGAGCUACCCUAAUGUUCAAUAUACCAAAUCCUGAGGAUGGGGUCCCUAAGGCUGGCCAGGAUAUCGACGAGAAGGUAUUCUGGACUGGCUUUUGUAAAGAUGGUGACUUCCUCUUCACGAUCUCUAACGAAGCAAUAAGAAAAUGGAAUGCUAAAAGUUUAGAGUUGUUGAUCUCGAAGGAAUUUGACGGGUUUCACCGUACAAAGGGGUUUUUAACCUGUGACGAGAAGUGGGUGUAUGGUUCAGGAAGGGUGGGCGUUACAAGGUUCUCCUUUGAAGAUCUUAAUGUGGGCGGAUAUCUUGAGGUAUUGCCGGAUCCUGACGGGUCCUUGUCUGACUUUUCUGUGACAAGAGAUGAAUCUAAGCUGCUGGUGACAGAGUGUAAGAAUAUGAAGCUUGAUAGCAGUUAUGCUUUUGUCUACGACAUAUCUGAUUUUGAUGCCGCUGAGGAAAUCAACAAAUACGACAAGUACGGAGGGAGAAUGUUUGCGUGUGACACACACUCAGACAACAUGAGAGGAGUGGUGAGUGGUCACAAUGGAACCCACGUGUUCACUCUGACCACAUGUGAGGUGCUCUUCUCGAUACCACGUGGUUGCUGGUGGGUCUGCUUCAUGGAACUUUCAGACAGGCUCGCUUACUCUGCUGGAGACUCAGUCUACGUGUGCGACGUAGAAUCAGGAGAGGAUGUGUUAAAGCUGGAGGGGCACAAGGAGGACGUCAACGGAGGAGCACUGGUCAGGGGGGAGACUGAGAUAUACACUUCUUCUGCUGACGGCACUAUCAAGUUAUUCGACCUAGAAAAGGAGGAAUGUAUUUAUACAUUCUUCAACCACCGUGCACGGCAGUACACCAAGGUGGGAGCUAGUCCCUGUGGGGAGAAGGUGGCUGUGGGCAACGAAAACGGCAUGUUGUACGUCCUCAAGAGUGGUAACUAUCAGUAGUGACUAGUGGGAAAAGGUGGCUGUGGGUAUUUAUUUACUAAGCUAAUACGUUCUUCAAAAAGUUAGCUGAUAGAAUGUCUAGAAAAUCAGAUCAAAGAUACAGUAAGGCGAUGACUUUUAUGAGGAAAAGAAUAAGAUUUGACUUAUGAAGGGCAACAAUUAUUGCUCUUAGAGGAGAAAGAGGAAUAAAAAGUGGUAGUAUAGUUGAAAUAUCAGAUUUCGAUAUUAAUUUAGAGCCAACAAAUUGAAUUGGCUACUUUUACUACUACAACAAAGGGUUCUUAUGAAAUUUUCUAAGAUUUGUAUUCAAUUUUUGAAUUUGUAUAUAGGGUCAUUGUUAUAUGAUGUCUUUAUGUGUAUAUUGUUUGAAUUUCUGUUCUUUACUAAGGUAAGUUUUUGUAAAAAGAAACUGUCGGUAUGCUAGUAGUAUAAAUACCGUUAUGAUUGCAUGUUUUUACUUCGCUGUCAAUACACAAUAAUAAAGAAAUAGCAUUAUAUGCAUGCCUUGUUUAAAAAAUGAAAAAUAGUUUUUUAGUAUGUUUCUUAUUGCUGAUUUUAAUUUGCUCUAAGCGAGUUAUUGCUUAAUUUUAAAAUAUUUCACCACCGAGUUGGUUUGCUACUAUUAUAAGGUAACACGACUCCUAUCCGACAGCGACAUCUGUCCGAAAUCCCUAAUUCGGCUGUCGGACAGAUGUCGCUGUCGGACAGAUGUCGCCCAAUCUAUUAUAGUAUUACUUACUGCCACUUGUUCAUUCUUUGGAGCCUCCCGCGUUUUAUGAACAUCGUAAGAACUUUUUUUUUCUUUGAAUAAAUUGUUUUCUUUCCUUUUCGGUAGUUAUAAUUAGUUUUGUCCUUUUUUGUUUUUAAAUUUGUCAUGUUUUGUUUAUAAAUUCGUUUUAAUCAGCAAUUUUA